AUGGCCGCAGAGGCGCGCCCUCUGGCCCGGGCCGCGGCGCUCUCCGCCGGCUGCGCAUUGUUUGUCUGCGUCGUCGGGGCCGUGGUCGGGCGCCGUGGCCGGCCCGGCGCGGCGCGGCGCGCCGGCCCGAUCGUGCUGGACACGUCGCUCAAUCUCAACUGCUCUGGGCCAGGUGAGACGUGUGCUCUCACGGGCUGCUGCAGCCGCGUCGGCGAAUCGUGCUUCAUGACGAGGCCGGGCCUUAUCGAGGACGGAACGGUCGUCGAGAAGUGGGAGGCGAUGUGCAUGCCAAAGUGCGUGCCUGGAAAAGGGGGGCCUGAGCUCUGCGUCAAGCUGAGUUGGCCCAGCCAGCUCGGCGCGGCGAAUCUGAAGCUGCAGACGAAGAGAUCGAAGCUCGGAGACUCGAUGUACUGCUUCUCCGCG